GCAAAUUGCAAAUCGGAAAUCUAUGAAUCAAGCCUUACGCAUUGCAAGUUUAACUUUUUGCUCCGAUAUUUAGCUCAUGAGCAGAAAAUAUAAAUUAAUUAUCAAUACUUAUUUAUUUCUGGAAUAUGGUGAUAAUUCUUAAAGAUGUCUGCUAUAAACUUUAAAGUUGUGAUAUAAAAGUGCAUUCAGAUGUGGAAUAAAACUAUACUUUUUAAAACUGCAUGAAUAAACAUGAUGCAUUAUAACGUGGUAUUCCUUGUACUGUUUACAAUUGUACUAUACACAUAUGCUGAAGUUAGCGAUACAGACCUAAAUGAUUUGUCUGAGCAACAAAAUUCUGUACAAAUCAACAAAUGUUGUGAAGAAAACGAAAUUGCUGUUGACUCAGUGUGUCGUUUAGCGGAAAAAUACAAUGAAACUCUUUGGAAUCCAAUAUUUAAGACUGAAAAUGGAGAGGAAGUUAAACUUAAGUAUUUUAGAUUUAUACAUGGGGUACCAAAUUGUGAAACAACUGAACUAAGACCAAUAUUUGACUUAGGAAAAUCUGAAGACAAAUUGAAUCUCCUGUCAGAUGGACGAUUAAAGCACUUAAUACAUCAUCAAGUAAAUUCAGAAUCAAUUAAAAAUGACCCUUUAGUUACAAGUACAUUUAACUUGCAUGACAUCAUUACAAUGCCUGAUUCAAAAGAACCAUCGUCAUACAUUCAUAAUCAAAAUAAAUAUUGUAUGGAUAAGAUUUUAAUUACAAAUUCUAAUACAACAGGUCAAUAUGCACUUGUUUGUGUUCCAGUAGUGAAAAUAAAUUGGAAGGACUCUGAUUUCUUAAUGAAAAAGAUACUUAACCCUAUAUUUCAUGCUAUAGCAAUGAUUUUGUAUUUGACAGUUGCUAUAAUUUAUUUUGUAUUACCAACUCUAAGAGAUUUGGCUGGAAAUAUCAUAACUACAAUAAAUGUUUGUCUUAUUGUGAGCCAAGCGGCGGAUUUUGUAAGAAUAUUUACGGAAUUAAGUAAUCAUGUCAGUUUUAUGGUGACAGAUAUAAUUUUAUAUAUAAGCUUAUUAGGAGCCUUCUUCUGGUUAAAUAGUUUUGGCUUUUAUAUAUGGAAAACAUUCAAAUCAAGAAAUGUCUUUCUAAGAGUAACAGAUGUGCGCAAAUAUUGUUACUAUUCAAGUGUGGUCUGGUCAAGUGUAGCACUAAUAGCAGGGAUGGCAUUAUGUGCACAUUUUCUUUUGGAUACAGGAACUAAUCCAUAUAGAAAAAUGAUAAAACAGUUUUCAUCUUCAAUACUUGUUGAUGAUGUGGAACAAGAAACUAUAGGCUGGCUUGGUAUAGCUAUAUUUUUUACCCCAAUUGCAUUUACCAUAAUAUUCAAUUUAUUCUUCUAUAUCACAACAUUGAAGGUAAUUAAGAGAAUAAAUAUUUAUGGAAGGAUACAUUACAAGUUAAAAGGAUGUUUCGAUUUAUUCUUGGAUAUGUUUGUAAUAAUGACAGUAUCAUGGUUGAUUCUACUAUUAUCAUGGUUUAACCCUGCGCUGCUGUAUUCACAAAUAGUAGUGAAUUUAUUGGAAGCCAUCUUCAUAUUCUACAUUUGUGUGGUAAGACAGUCUCAUGUAACAUUUUUACUUAGGAAAAUUUGUUCUUAUGCUCAGCCUGUACCUACCGGGGAGUGGGGUGAUGAAAUUACUCAUAUGAAUGGUGGAAAUUAUUAGGUUUAUUUUGCUUCCCUAGCCCAAUACCAAAAUCUAUAUUAUAUUAUUAAGGAUCCAUAGUUUCAUGGUGCAUACAGUUUAUGUGUAUCAAUAGACUACUAACACAAGAUCAUUUUACUGAAUCAGUUAUGUUUAUAGACUUAAGUAUAAUUUUGUGACCUAGUGAUUAACAUAGCAUUUUUAUAAAUGCCUAUUCUUUAUAUUCAAAUCGCUAACUUUAAAUCACACUAAUCAUAAAAAACAGAUUCUCAUAGUUUUAAGUCAAAGGAAAUUUUGAAUCUUCACUAGUUUAAGAUAAAGUUUAACACAAAGUAGAAGUUAGUAGAAGUUAGUAGAAGUUGUAGUUACUUUGUGAUGUGUGAGCUGUUCCUUCAAAAUUUAUGCCUUAUUGUAUUAUUUUUGAGUGAUUCCUGGCAGCUAUGGUAGAAUUAAAAAUAUACAAAGUAGAAUAAAAAUUUACAUGUCAUUAUCAUUUUAAAUUGACAAAUAGCAUUUAUAUCAAAAAUGUUGAUAAUUUAAAGUGCUCAUUAUGGAUACUUAAUUAUUUUAUUGGUUAAUCUCACUAUGAAAAUAGCACCAUACUAACAUAUCUAGGGUUUAAAGACAUAUACUAAUAGAAAUUAAGAAAAAGCUUCUUAAUUUCUAUUAGUAUUUUUUUCAAUCAUUAUGACAGGAUCACAGGACAAUGCACAAAUCACUAACUGUAUUUAAGUAAAUAUUUUUAUUAUUAUCGUGUUGUAAACAAUAUCUUGAAUUUUGUAAAAAUAAUAAUAAUAAUAAUAAUAAAGCCUUUAUUUCGUUCCAUACCAUUUUCAUUACAUGCUAAUACAACUAAACUAAAAAAUUUUGUGUUAAUGUGGUUAGUAAUACAGUAUAUGUAAUAUUAUUUAGUAAUUUAAUAUUGAAAUAAAUGUUAGUAUUAUUAGUACCAUGUUUUAUUUUCCUAGGUAUGGAUCCCUAUCUUGGGUAUAGGCCUCCUCUAGCCGCUUCCAGUCCUCUCUGUCCUGACCUCUGAUCAUCCAUUCUUUUCCGGCAACAUGGACAAUGUCAUCGACCCAGCGUUUCUGAGGUCUGCCAACUCUCCUUUUUCCCCUUGGACCUAGCCAUUUAGUAGCUGUAAGUGUCCAUCUAUCAUCUUUCAAGCGAGAUAUAUGUCCUGCCCAUUUCCAUUUUAGCUUCAGUGCAUGCUUUAAGGCAUCUGUAACUCUAGUUCUUUCUCUUAUUGUUUCGUGUCUGAUUUUGUGUAUCCUUUUUAAUUUUAGCAUACUGCGCUCCAUUGCUCUCUGACAUGUCCUUACUUUACUUUUGGUUUUGUUAUCAAAUACCCAUGUUUGGCAUGCAUAUGUUAGGCAUGGUAGUAGGCAAGUGUCCAUUACAAUCUUUUUGUAUUCUGAACUGUAAUUUCCUUUCAGAAUCUCCUUAUGUGACCAGUACCUGUUCCAGGUAAUGUUUAUUCUCCUGCAAAUUUCCUUGUCAUUGUUGGUGGUGUCAAACGAUACCUGCUUCCCUAGAUAGAUAUAUGACUCUACAUACUCUAUUAUUUUGUCAUUUACUUUUAUAGGUUUGUGCAGGCUAUUUGACAUGAUUUUAGUUUUGUUGGGGUUCAUAUU